UGUGGGGGUGUAGGCCGCUCGUGGGAGGAGGCAGAAAACAGAGAGAGAGAGAGAGAGAGAGAGAGAAUGAGAGAGAGAGAGAGCGAGAGAGAGAGACAAAGUUAGAGGAACAGAAAGAAUAAGUGAGAGACAGGCUCUAAGGCAGUCAGACGAAGAGAGGGGUUGGCAAUCAAGGGAAGCUCAACUCAUCUCCAAUUCCCUGCUACAGUGAGUGACCAUGUGGCUGGGGUGGAAUAUUGUCUGGCUCGGGGCCCUUCUCAUAGGCCUAAAUGGGACCGUAGCCUGGGCAUCUGACAUCCAGCACCACCGCUAUGAGGAGUUAGUGCGGGCCCUGUUCGUAGUGCAGAGCGAGUGCCCAUACAUCACACGGAUCUACAGCAUUGGGCGCAGUGUGGAGGGACGCCACCUCUAUGUACUGGAGUUCAGUGAUACCCCAGGCAUCCACGAAGCAAUGGAGCCCGAGUUCAAGUAUGUGGGGAACAUGCACGGGAACGAGGUGCUGGGUCGGGAGCUGCUGAUCCAGCUCUCCCAGUUCCUAUGUGAGGAAUACCGGGCCGGAAACCAGAGGAUCACACGCCUCAUCCAUGACACGCGCAUCCACAUCCUGCCUACCAUGAACCCAGAUGGUUAUGAAGUGGCUGCCAAGCAGGGUCCUGAGUUCAAUGGCUAUCUAGUUGGGCGAGGCAACUCCAGGGAGGUGGACCUGAACCGGAAUUUUCCAGACCUGAACGCUCUCAUGUACUACUACGAGAAGACUAAUGGUCGGAACCAUCACCUGCCCCUGCCUGAUAACUGGGAGCAUCAGGUUGAACUGGAGACACUGGCAGUGAUAAAGUGGAUGCAGAACUAUAACUUUGUUCUGUCUGCUAACCUGCAUGGUGGGGCAGUGGUGGCCAACUACCCCUUUGACAAGUCAAGAGACCCCCGAAUCAGAGGCAAGACUACAUAUGCCACAACCCCAGAUGACAAGAUAUUCAAAAAGUUGGCCAGGACGUAUUCGUAUGCCCACAGUUGGAUGCAUAAGGGGUGGAACUGUGGAGAUUUUUUUGAUGAAGGGAUCACCAAUGGAGCCAGUUGGUAUUCUCUGUCCAAAGGAAUGCAGGACUUUAACUACCUAUACACCAACUGCUUUGAGAUCACUCUGGAACUCAGCUGUGACAAGUUCCCCCCGGCAUCAGCCCUGUCAAGAGAAUGGCUGGGCAACAGAGAGGCCCUGAUCUCCUUCCUGGAGCAGGUGCAUCAUGGGAUCAAAGGAAUGGUGUAUGAUAACAACAACAACCCAAUCGGCAACGCAGAGAUUUCAGUAGCUGGUAUCAACCACGAUGUGACCACUGGUGUGGAUGGAGACUACUUCAGAUUGCUGUUACCAGGCACCUACUCUGUGACAGCAUCAACAUCAGGAUACUUGCCCUCUACCAGCACGGUGACAGUGGGACCUGCUGAGGCUAUACAGUUGCACUUUUACCUGAAAGUGGCACCAAAAGACACAAAUCUGACACAGUCCCACCACAGCAAGAAAAACCUCUCCUCAGCUAAGGUGGGCCCAAGAUGAGACAUGGGUGUGAGAUAAACAAAGAACACGCCCACAUGUCCACGCAGAGGGAACAAUUGACAAUGUGUAAUAAAUGUCACUUAAAGAUACACCUAUUUUGUAAGCCUGAUUUACUCCUGAUUUGUACUGUAUGAGCGCUAUAAUUUUGUGAUUUAAGGACAGUUCUCAUGUUCACAUUUUGAGUAAAAAGAAUACAUAGAUUUCCAGUAAUUUCAUGAAAUGAAUCAACAAUAAAAGGUGGUGAAUGCUUUACUUUAAUUAUUAGUCAUUGAAAUUGAUGUGCAAAAAUAUCUAUAUAGCAGCAUAACACAUCAUUUCAAUACUAUAAAGAUAAACAAUUAUUUAAAGAUAAAAAAUAAAGAUGAAUUGUUGAAAUAAUUGGUUUUAUGAAAUAUGAUAUCUUAUAUUGUGAUACUAGCUUUAAUUAAUUAAAGGAAUACUACACUCAA